AUGGCCGAGGGCGACGACCUCCACUCCUUUACUUCCAUCAUGGACGCCCUCGUCCGGAUAAGCACCAGCAUGAAAAACAUGGAGAGGGAACUGCUGUGUCCGCUUUGUAAAGAGAUGUACAAGCAGCCCCUGGCUUUGCCGUGCAUGCACAGCGUUUGCCACAUUUGCGCCACCGAAGUCCUGCUCCAGCAGGGUUACAUCUGUCCGGACCCCACCUCGGAGCCCACAUCUCCGGCGUCCACGCCAGUCACGCGGAGUCCACGCUUAGGGCGCCGGAUCGUGCCAAAACCGGAGCGCCUGGACCGGCUUCUGAAAUCGGGUUUCGGCACGUAUCCUGGCCGGAAACGAGGGGGCGUCUUGCACCCCCAGAGCAUCCUCUUUCCGUGCCCGCUGUGCCAGCGAGACGUGGACCUGGGCGAGCGAGGUUUGGGCAGCCUCUUCCGUAACCUGACGCUGGAACGGGUAGUGGAGCGUUACCGCCACACCAUCAACGUCAACGCGGCCAUCAUGUGCCAAUUCUGCAAGCCGCCACAGCUGGAGGCCACCAAGGGCUGUACCGAGUGCCGAUCCAGCUUUUGCAACGAGUGCUUCAAACUUUACCACCCGUGGGGGACACAGAAAGCCCAGCACGAGCCCAUCCCUCCGACUCUCACCUUCCGUCCCAAAGGUCUGAUGUGCCCCGAACACCGGGAAGAGGUGACGCAUUAUUGCAAAACCUGCCAGCGUUUGGUGUGCCAGUUGUGCCGAGUUCGUCGCACGCACACAAGUCAUAAAAUCACACCUGUGCUCAGCGCCUACCAGGCACUCAAGGAAAAGCUGACCAAAAGCAUAGCUUAUAUCCUGAGCAAUCAAGACACGGUUCAGGCUCAAAUCAACGAAUUGGAAGAGACUCUUCGGCUUGCGGAGGUGAACGGCACCCAGGCCAAAGAAGAGGUCAUUCGGCUGAUGAACAAUUUGAGCAGCCUGCUGGACGAGAAGCGAGCCGCUCUGCUUAACGCCAUUGAAGAUUGUCGCCAAGACCGGGUCGCUCGCCUGCAAGGCCAGCUGCAGGAACACCAGGCCAUGCUGGAGAAUUCGGGCAUGGUGGGCUACUCCCAGGAGAUCUUGAAGGAAACAGACCAGCCCUGUUUUGUCCAGGCCGCCAAGCAGCUGCAUCACAGGAUCCUCAGAGCGACCGAUUCCCUCCAGGCGUUCCGGCCAGCGGCCAGCGCCUCCUUCAGCCAAUUCCAGGUGGACGUGAGCCGAGAAAUAAAGCUGCUUACAGACCUCAUUUUUAUUAAAGCACCAGAGGCUCCUGUGAUCGACACGCAGCGGACCUACGCCUACGACCAGAUUUUCCUCUGUUGGCGUCUGCCGCAGCACUCGCCAGCCGCCUGGCACUACACGGUGGAGUUCCGGCGGGCUGAGCCCAAGGGCAAGGCGCUCAAACUGUGGCAGCGACGGGAAGAGGUGCGAGGCACCAGCGCCAUUGUGGAGUACGUGGACACGGAUAGCGUUUACGUGCUGCGCGUCCGAGGAUACAACAAAGCUGGCUUUGGAGACUACAGCGAGGAUAUCUACUUGCGUACGCCUCCUGCACCCGUGUUGAAUUUCUUUCUGGACAAUCGGUGGGGCUUCAACCGAGAGCGCCUGGCCAUCAGCAAGGACCAGCGAGCGGUCCGCAGCGUCCCCGGCCUUCCCAUGCUGUUUGCCGCCGAGCGUUUGAUGACCAGCUGCCACCUUUCCGUGGAUCUGGUGAUCGGCGACGUGGCGGUCACCCAAGGACGCAGCUACUGGGCCUGUUGCGUGGAUCCCAGCUCCUACCUGGUCAAGGUGGGCGUGGGGCUGGAGAGCAAGCUGCAGGAAUGGUUCCAGGUGCCCCAAGACGUGGUGAGCCCCAGGUACGACCCGGAUAGCGGCCACGACAGCGGGGCUGAAGACACCACGCUGGAGUCCUCGCCGCCCUUCGCCUUCCUGACCAUCGGCAUGGGCAAGAUCCUCCUCUCCCACGGGGUGUCGCUGACCUCCCGGGAUCCCGGCAACUCCACCGUGCCGUUGCCUCCUCGCGUCGGCAUCUGUCUCGACUACGAGCACAGCAAAGUGGCGUUCUUCGACGCCGUCUCCUUCCGCAGCCUUUGGGAGUGUGGGGUAGACUGCUCGGGUCCCGUCUGCCCGGCCUUCUGCUUCAUCGGGGGCGGCGCCUUGCACCUUCAAGAGCUGGUGGUCAACCGUCAGGAACGGAAAGUCACCAUCAGCGGCUUCUCCAAGCUGGACUGA